CUCUGAGAUUGCUAUCCAGUAUAAGCGAAGAUCGCCAAGUGAUAAGACGUUACUAGCAAUUGUUGAAAAGUUGAACCAAUUUUGAGAGAGUGAAAGAUGUCUGAGAUCGAGAUUUACAAUGAUUCUAUCCAGUUCGUGUGUGAUCUGUGCUCGCUGAGGUAUUCCACGUUCGAGAUUCUGAUGACCCACAACCGGAUAAAACACUACCAUUCCAUCCGGUUCCGGUGUGGAUUUUGCAACGAGGCGUUUAUGAAUGAGGAUGAUCUACACUGCCACUUCAUUCUGACGCACCGAGUAGAUCCUUACAAUCUGGAUAACAGCCAAGUGGUUCAUCACAGAAGGGCGCUGCAUCAGACGAGGCUAAGUGAGGACGAAAAACGGUGGAUCAGAACCCGCUGCGAUAGUCAGUGUUCAGAGGCCAGCAUCGAUGAAGACCGUGAUCAGGACCAGGAGCUGAGUUCCGAUUCGGAGGCCGAAAUCGAACUGAACUACAACGAGCUUUUCAAGAAGCGGAAACAAAGUGCCAUGACCCAGGAGGAGAUCAUGGAACUGGCGGAUGUUUUCAAGAAACCUGCCGAGGCCAUGUGUAUAUCGAAGCUACAUCUGUAGCCGCCCUGAGAUGAAGUUGUUUGGGAUGAUCCCGAAGGUGUCAAUUAAAUUAUGGACUGUUAUCGUUUGCUGUGUACAUAUGCUCUAGUUUAUAUAAGUUAUAGUCUCUAUGCAACCUGUUUUGAAAGGCUGACGUCAAUAUUUACUCUAGCGCUAGGUGUUAACUUGAUUAAUAAAUAUUUUCGAAAGUUUUCGAUCAGUU